AUGCCGAAAGGUAGAUUCGAAUGUUGUCAACGAUUGUCAAACUCAGCUGAGAUUAUUAAAUGUAAGACUUGUAAAAAAAAGUUCCAUUAUGCGUGCAUCAGUACGUCAAAAACACCGUAUACACAAGUAACCGAAGACUUUAGAAAUGAGUGGGUUUGUUCUGUUUGUCUCCGGCGUAAUAAAGAAGACAUCAUUGAGACGAUAGGUGGCGUCAUGGCGCACACAGCAACUUCCGACUGUGAUGAAAAUGUCACUAUCAGAUGUAAUGAAACGACUAACAGUAAUAUCGACCAUACUAUCACAACAAAUGUCUCGAUGCAGGAAGUCCGCAAUAUUGUGCGCGAAGAGCUCCAAAUUGUCUUCGAGGGCUUUAGUAAAGACAUGAUGAAACAAUUCGAAUGCAAGUUUCAAGAAAUGUUAAAUAAUAUGUCGGCAAUCAAUACAUCUAUCGAAUUCCUGGAACAAAAGUACGAAGAUGUUAGGCAGGAGCUAUCUCUUAAAUCUGAGGCGAUAAUGAAUCUGGAACGUGAAAAUAAGACCCUGCGAGCUGACGUGAGUGACCUGCAGUCGCGAUUGUCACUGAUGGAACUGCAGUCGCGGGCCUGUAAUGUCGAAGUUCAGUGUGUGCCGGAGUUUAAAAAUGAGAACCUCGUAGCCAUGUUGGGCCAAGUGGCAUCCGUAAUAAAAUGUGAUAUAGAUAACAAAGAUGUAAUAUCGUGUACUCGAGUAAUGAAAUUGAACAAGGACUCACCACGCCCAAGGUCUAUUUUGGUAAAGUUCAGCAGCCCACGUGUGCGGGAUACUUUUCUCGCUGCAUCGAUAGAUUUCAAUAAGAAAGCAAAAACCAACUUAGAUAAAUUGAACACGAGUCAUCUGGGAAUCGGCGGUGAUAAGAAGCCAGUGUACAUAUGCGAACAUCUAACGCCCGCUGUUAAAGCACUACACGCUGAAGCAAGGUUGUGUUCGAAAAAACUUGGAUAUCGUUUUGUAUGGGUAAAGAAUGGUAGGAUUUUUAUGCGCAAAUCGGAUAAAUCUGAUUACAUAUACAUUAGGAAUUCCGAAGUACUUAAAGGUCUUAAAUAA